AUGACAACCGUGGCUACACCAUCCCCUCCGCUUCCCACCAUGAACCACCCGACUCUCGUCGAUCUGCCGCUCGAACUCCUCGACACGAUCCCAUGCUUCGACCGUCGUCGCCUGGCAACGAUGAACCUGCGCGGAGCGAAUGGCACGGUCCUUUACUACGCCCUCAAGUUGAGACCCGCCAUAGGCCGGCACUGCAAGGAACUCAAGGUCCUCUCCUUCAUGCCGAUCGACGCCAGGUGCUCCGAGGUUUGGUGGAGCGUACUGCUGUCCUCGAUGCCCGCGCUCGAGCGUUUGCAAUGCGCGGGACCGUACGCCUACCGCAUGUACAGCGCAAUCAUGGACAUCACCAACGCACGCAACCCAAAUUUCCUCCCUCAGCUUCGACACCUGUACCUCCCCUUAAACCCUUGGAUCGUCCCCGAUCCGCUUCGCUACGAGCGCAUCCCGUCGCUCGACUACUAUCCCAAUCUCGAGUCGCUUGCCUUCGGCUACGACGAGUCUUACUGGGGCUCCAGCGGCACCUCGCCAGCCGGCGCUGCGGCGGAGUCGACGGUUCAGCCCAUUCCGCCUCUCGCCGUACUCGGACGCCUUCGCGACCUGGGCAUAGUCGUGUCCAGCCAGAGUCAAAUCUUGGAGGACUUCCUACAGCAGACUACGCACCUCGUUCGACUCGACAUCGGCUCAAUCCCCUCGCCUCGGGAACUCAGCGAACUCCUCGAGGUGCUACCGCGCCCCGACAUCCUUGAAACUCUCGAACUCCGCUUCAGCCGCAAGUCAGUACCGGCGGAUGCAACAAGUCUCAGCGAAGGAUUCGUCGACGAUGGUGACGAAGGGAUUCGGGUGUCCCUCGCUCCCUUUAUCCGCCGCUUGCCCGGCCUGAAGUUGCUUUCCUUCAGCGACCACUGCACCUGCUUCGACCCCAACUCGAUCUCUGCGCUCAAGUCUAUGCCGCCUUUGCAUUGCCUCAAGCUCAAGUGGGGAUUCGAGAUGUAUCUCCAGCCGGAAGUGAUCCUCGCCUUUCUCAAGACUCUCGGCGGCCAUGCUCCGCGCAAGGUGUGCUGUGACCAUAUUGAAGGCGGAUAUACGGGCAAGUCCAUCCGUGACUUUCUGCCAAUCGACCCGAACGACGAAUUCCCCGACUCCUUCGACGUCCACGCCGAUUGGUCUAUCCCCGAGUGGUUCAGUGACGAUGUCAUGAUUGACGACAUCCGUCAGCUGGUCGAGUACAGCAAGGCGGCAGGCGUCGAGCUGACCGGCUCGAUGGUCGACGGUCUCGACGUCAAGGCGAAGUGGGACCGGGAGUCGGCGGAUUACGAGUUGUUGCGCGAGGAGCAUGAGGCAAGGCAGCGGGAGGCUGAGACCGAGGAUGAGGAGUCGGACGAGGAGUCGGAUCACGAGGAGUAG